AUUAUGCUAUUUACAAUUUCAAUCUGAAUCAGGAUUUUGGAUGGGCAGAAAAGAAGCAAAAAUGGAGGAGAAAGACAAAAGCAAAGGAAGCAGUGAGGAGAGAUGGAAAGGAGCUAUAGCCAAUUUGACAGAAAUGGCUUCCAAUCUGGACUCCCUCCAGAAGCUACUUGUCAAGAAAGCUGUCUUUGUAGAUGAAGAGACUUUUGCUAAAGCUUCCCUCAGCUCUGAACAAGCUCGUACUAUCAAGGUUCUUGAACAAAGGGUAGAGACUUUGGAAAGAGAACUUGAUGCAGCCAUUUCUGCUGCUGCCCGUGCUCGUUCAGAAAAGCGACAGGCAGAGGCAGCACAAAAAGCUGCUGAAUUACGUGCACAAGAAAUUACAAGAGAACUUGAGAACACCACAAAAGUAUUUCAACUGCACAUGGAAGAGCUGCGUGCGAAGCAAGAUGAAAUUUCUAAGCGUGAUAAUGAAAUUAAACUUUUGGAAGCUAUAAUUCAAACACUUGGUGGGAAAGAAUCACAUUCUACAGAAAUACUAGGACUAGCUACUUCUUUUUUCUUAAGGGAAGAUCAAAGAGUUUGUUUUAUUAAAAUAGAGGGACUAAAUGGUAUUUUUCUUUUCAGUGUUUGUCAUGUUUUCUCGUCCUUUUUAUUGCCAAAUGGGUUAUCCAUCACUCUAUGAAGAUUAAAACAGUUGACAAUAUAUGUCUCCCUGUCCUCUGUCAAGUAUGGAAGGGCAAUGCAAUCUAUAUCUAAAUUUGGAUUGUUACCCAAUUUCAGUGGAGAAUCAAGUUGCCCUUGAGAAUUUUGAUUCAUUUGUCUAGAGAAAUGAGCUUUGGAGUUCUAAUAAUCAGAAGCCUUUACCCUUGUUUGGAAUGUAAUCCUU